AGGGCGCCUGUUCACUGCGGUCCAUCCAAUGGUGAGGAGCUGACUGAGUCGCUAUGGUGACGAGAUUGUUUCGACAGAAGCUGUGAUGGGUUGACAGGUGCGUGACAGUCGCGUCUGUGCAAGCAUGUACGCCAAAGGCAAGAACAGCGUGCCAUCGGAUAGUCAAGCCCGAGAAAAGUUAGCUCUGUAUGUGUACGAAUAUCUGCUACAUGUGGGAGCUCAGAAAUCAGCACAGACCUUCCUGUCAGAGAUCCGAUGGGAGAAGAACAUAACAUUAGGAGAGCCGCCUGGGUUCUUACACUCAUGGUGGUGUGUUUUCUGGGACCUCUACUGUGCUGCUCCUGAGAGGAGAGAAACAUGUGAGCACUCAAGUGAAGCCAAAGCUUUUCAUGACUAUAGUGCAGCAGCAACACAGAGUCCAGUGAUUGGAAGUCCUCCUGGAGAUGGUAUGCCUUUGCCCCCGGGAUUUUUUCAGCAGUUUAUGUCUCCUCGAUACCCAGGUGGGCCCAGAGGUUCUCUCAGAAUACCCAAUCAGGCUUUGGGCCCUGGGAACCAGCCUCUAUUACCCAGUGGGAUGGAUCCUACAAGACAGCCAGGCCAUCCCAACAUGAGUGGGCCCAUGCAGAGGAUGGCCCCUCGAGGAAUGGUUCCUAUUGGACCACAGAACUAUGGUGGUGGGAUGAGACCUCCCCUAAAUGCCCUUGUGGGGCCUGGGAUGCCUGGGAUUAACAUGGGUCCUGCAGGAGGAAGACCAUGGCCAAAUCCACCAAAUAACAAUUCGAUCCCUUAUUCAUCCGCGUCUCCGGGCAGUUAUUCGGGUCCCCCAGCAGGAGGUGGCCCUCCAGGAACACCCAUCAUGCCCAGUCCCGCAGAGUCAAACAACUCAAGUGACAACAUGUACAGCAUUAUCAGCUCAGUCCCUCCAAAUGGAAACAGACCAAAUUUUCCAUUAGGUUCAGGUUCUGAUGGCCCAAUAGGCAGCAUGGCAGGCAUGGAGCCUCAUCAUAUGAAUGCAGGAUCUGGCGACAUUGAAAGCCUCCCAAAGAGCUCACCAGGAAACCUCAGCAUGAAUAAUCAGCCUGGCACACCAAGAGAUGAUGGAGAAAUGAGUGGCAACUUCCUCAACCCAUUUCAGAGUGAAAGUUAUUCUCCAAACAUGACAAUGAGCGUGUGAAAGGACAGCACAGGAGUUAUGUUUUCACCGUGUUCAGCAAAAAAACAGGAUCUUCUCAAAACCGGCUCUUUGGUUUUCUACUCAUUUUGUCUUUGGUGAACUAUUAUGAAUUACAGUAACGUCAUCCUACACUAAAUCUGAAUAAACUUAAGCAAGCCAUGAAAGGAAGCUGAAGACACCUAGAAGAAGCUUUUCCACCGUUUUUUAUCAUUCCAUUGUUAAUAUUGUCCUGUCUCCUGUUUGGAUUCACACAGGGCUCAAUCCAUUUUUUAAUUAUUGAAUCUUUCCACAAGUUUUUGUAUGUACCUUUUUUAUGUAAUUUUUUUUUUUCUGUGGUAUGCAGCAUAGCUGAUACCAAAAAAACAGCAGUUCCUUACAUGUAAUAAAUAAAAU